AUGUUUCGCCGACGAUUUCGCAUGCGUAAAAAUGUGUUCACACGCAUUGUUAACCAGCUAAGAGAAAGUAAUGUUUACUUUCAACAAAGUCCAGAUGCCACCAGAAGACUAGGUCCAUCCCCCCUCCAAAAAUGCACUGCAGCAAUUCGAAUGUUAGCAUACGGUACAUCAGCCGAUGCAGUUGACGAAUAUCUUAAACUCGUGUCAAGUACUGCAAAGGAAUGUCUCUCUCACUUUGUUGAAGGGGUCGUCUCUCAAUUUGGACCGAAGUACUUGAGGAGGGAGAAUACUAUGGAUACUGAGCGACUCCUCCAGAAAAGUCAUAUUCGUGGAUUUCCUGGCAUGAUGGGAAGCAUUGAUUGCAUGCACUGGGAGUGGAAAAAUUGUCCACGUGCAUGGAAAGAAAUGUAUCAAGGGAGAAAUAAAACAGCGAAUAUAAUCUUAGAGGCUGUUGCUUCACAAGACUUGUGGAUAUGGCAUGCUUUCUUUGGUACACUAGGUUCUUGUAAUGAUAUAAAUGUCCUCCAGCGGUCGCCGGUGUUCUCUGAUAUUUGUGAGGGUAGAGCUCCAUAG